CGCGGACGGCGGCGGGUGCGGUUCUCCGGGCGCGAGGGGCCGCCGCUCGGCGGGAUCCGCCGGCAGAAUGGGUAAAAAGGUAAAGAAGGAAGCGGAACCCCCUCCUAAGGAUGUGUUUGAUCCACUAACGAUUGAGAGCAAAAAAGCGGCAACUGUGGUGUUAAUGCUUAAUUCUCCAGAAGAAGAAAUUUUGGCUAAAGCAUGUGAAGCCAUUUAUAGAUUUGCUUUAAAAGGUGAAGAAAACAAAGCUACCCUCCUUGAACUUGGAGCUGUGGAACCUUUAACCAAGCUGCUCACCCAUGAAGACAAAAUUGUAAGAAGAAAUGCUACCAUGGUAUUUGGAAUCCUGGCUUCUAAUAACGAUGUUAAAAAAUUGUUAAGGGAACUAGAUGUCAUGAAUUCCGUCAUCGCUCAGCUUGCUCCAGAAGAGGAGGUGGUGAUUCAUGAGUUCGCCAGUCUUUGCCUGGCGAACAUGUCUGCGGAGUAUACCAGCAAAGUGCAAAUAUUGGAGCACGGCGGGUUAGAGCCACUCGUCAGACUGCUGGCCAGCCCAGACCCUGACGUGAAGAAGAACUCUGUUGAGUGCAUUUACAACUUGACCCAGGAUUUUCAGUGUCGAGCUGCACUUCAAGAACUAAAUGCAAUCCCCCCUAUAUUGGAUCUCUUGAAGUCAGAAUAUCCAGUUAUUCAGUUGUUGGCUCUCAAAACCUUAGGUAUUAUUACAAAUGAUAAGGAGGCACAAACGACGCUGAGAGACAAUCAAGGAGUGGACCACCUUAUUAAAAUCCUAGAAACUAAGGAAUUGAAUGACCUUCAUAUAGAAGCACUUUCCGUGAUAGCCAAUUGCCUUGAAGAUAUGGAUACUUUGGUGCUGAUUCAGCAGACCGGGGGUCUUAAGAAGCUCCUGUCCUUUGCAGAAAAUUCUACAAUUCCUGAUAUUCAGAAGAAUGCAGCAAAAGCAAUUACUAAAGCAGCUUAUGAUCCUGAAAAUAGAAAACUUUUUCACGAACAAGAGGUUGAAAAAUGCCUCGUAGCCCUUUUGGGUUCUGAAAACGACGGAACUAAAAUUGCCGCUUCCCAAGCGAUCUCGGCAAUGUGUGAGAAUACGGGCAGCAAGGAAUUUUUCAAUAACCAGGGGAUUCCACAGUUAAUCCUGCUGCUGAAGAGUGACAGUGAAGAAGUGAGGGAAGCCGCCUCCCUGGCCCUGGCCAAUCUAACCACAUGCCAUCCCGCUAAUGCAAGUGCUGUUGCUGAAGCUGACGGUGUUGAUCCGUUAGUAAACAUCCUGUCGAGCAGACGGGACGGAGCCGUCGCCAACGCGGCUACAGUGUUAGCGAACGUGGCAAUGCAGGAGGGCGCCGGCCUCCGGAGCCACGGCGUCUAGCGCGCCUUGGGGCUGCGUUCCGCGAACACGGUCGUGCAGAGCAAAGCGGCUCUCACCGUGGCCGCAACUGCGUGCGAUGUGGAGGCCCGGACAGAGUUAAGGAAUUCAGGUGGCCUGGAGCCGCUGGUCGAGCUCCUGCGCUCGAAGCAUGAUGAAGUAAGAAGGCACGCCAGCUGGGCCGUGACGGUCUGCGCCAACGACGAGCUCACGGCUGUCGAACUUUGCAAGCUCGGGGCUUUAGAUAUCCUUGAAGAAGUUAAUCUAUCAGUAAAUCGAAAAAAUAAAUUCAGUGAGGCAGCUUAUAACAAAUUGCUCAACAACAACCUGUCUCUGAAAUAUAGCCUGACUGGCUACUUGUCAUCAAGUAACAUAAUUAGUGAUGGAUUCUAUGAUUACGGUCGGAUAAAUCCUGGCACCAAACUUUUGCCUUUGAAGGAUCUCUGCUUACAAGAACCAAGUGAUCAACGUGCUGUACUUUUAGUGAACAGUAAAUCAUCUGAUGUUUCUCCGCCUCCAUCUACGGAAGAUAAAUCAUCAGAUGUUGGUUAUGGUCGGAGCAUUUCUUCUUCGUCUUCCUUUAGAAGAGCAAGCAAAGAAAAGACCAAUACCGGAUUUGGAUCUCCCACAGAAGAGAAAUCCGAGCCUCCUUCUGGACGAAAUACUGCUCUUAGCAAAGGCACCACAAAAGAAAGAGGAUCAAGGAAAGGCCGAGGGAAAAAAGAGGAGGAAAAAAUGAAGGAGGAAGAAGAGGUUUCGACAUUACCAAAAUUGAUGGGAGAAGGAAGCCCCGAGAAAGAAUGGUAUCCUCCCUUCGAUCCUGACUUCCGUGUUUACGUGUAUGAAGUGACCAAAUCAAUAUUUCCCAUAACCAAUAUUAAGGAACAGAUUGAGGUCCUUGCAAGGUACGUGGCAGAAAAAAUGGGUGGUAAAAUGUCAAAGGAGAAACUCCAUAAUUUCAGCUGGGAACUCCAUAUCAGUGAACUAAAAUUUCAACUUAAAUCCAAUGUUGUGCCAAUUGGACAGAUCAAAAAAGGAAUCUUCUAUCAUCGAGCGUUGCUUUUCAAGGCUCUGGCUGAUAAAAUUGGCAUCGGCUGCUCUCUGGUUCGUGGGGAGUAUGGCAGAGCUUGGAAUGAAGUUCAGUUGAUGAAUGAAUCUCGUAAGGGACUGAUCGGGGCUCUCCCUCCUCCUGAGGUCUACAUAGUUGACCUCAUGUUCCAUCCAGGCGGGCUGAUGAAGUUAAGGAGUAGAGAGGCAGAUCUUUACAGAUACCUCUAAACGAUCAAAUGACCAAACAGGGGUUCACGGGAGAAGUCCAUUAGAUACGCUUUCUCUGAAGUUCACCAAUUGGUUUUAUUUCUUUAAAUAAAAGUAUGAGAAAUGUUCUUUCUGUCUGCGUAGAAAUGAGGACACUGGGAUUGAACUUGGUUGUGUUUCUGAUUUCAGUCUCUUGGCAAGAGUUCAGUCUGAUUGGAUCAUUUUAUGCUCCCUGGCCCUCAUGUAAAGUUUAUUAUUGUCAAAAUUAAUCCUCUCCACUGUUUCCUAAGGAGCCUCUGUGCCCUUUGGGAAUCAUGUGUAAAACCACCCAGCUGCUGUUCCCGGGACAAUACCGGGGCCUCAUGACUGUCAUUCUUCAUGCCCAGAAUGCUUCAGGGGCACUUGGCUAAAUACACUCAGUGGUGUUCAAUGUCUUCAGUCACCUUGUCUCACUUUUGUAAAGUAGGAUUAUUGAUAGUUCGAACAUUUCUAGAUUGAUUUUAGUACUACAAAUUCCUUUCUAAAAAUUUGUGUUCAUAUGUUUUAAAGUGUAUGUCUGUUAAGAACACCAUUUAAUAUCCUUCACCGACCCGAAAACCUUUCUCAAACCUGUUCCCGUGAACUGUUUGUCUCCUGUCCUGUCUUGGAUUACUUGAAACUAUACCUCCAGUUCAAAACAAUUCUGAUUUCCUUUUACACGUUUUAAUGCUGGGUCACGAAAAGAGUAUUUUGAAUGUAUUUAGCUUAAAAAUUCUUUCUUUAGAAACUUCUAAAUGUAGAAAUCGAGUCAAUCUGUGUCAGAAAUUGUGUUUUCGGUAUUCAGAACAAAAUGGGGAACAGACACAUUUCAAAUGAUGAAUAAAAACUAGUAAUGGGAUGACUCUCAUCAAAUAUAUAUAUCUUAGUCUGGCUUUGAGUCUCACGUUUAUUGUAACCGUUUUACUCGAAGGUUUUUAAAAGUCAGCUUGAUUUUAGAAGUGAAGGCUGAGAUGAUUCUGUAUGAGCCGAUGUGUAACUUCAAAGAAUUUGUAUUUCCUUAUUUCAAAAUAA